CAGCGUAUUUAAUAUCAGGUCCGAUGGAAUCUCUGAGGCCAUAGAACGCUCCAUAAAAGCUAGGUUUCUGUCUCUGAUUUCUCUCAUCCUAGAAAAGAAACCAAACGCUCUCAGAUCUGAUCCUGCUGCUCUACGCCUUUUCUCCUUUUCGCAGUUUAGGUCGAUUCUUUAUUCAGGGUGUUUUCUUCACCCUUCUUGAGUUGAUAAUUGAAAGACAACAACAGCUGGGAAUGCUGAAAGAUGUGCUUGUACGCUGAGAAAUCCAUCCUUGAUGCUGAUGAGGUUGCAGUUCUGCUCAACCUUCCCUUGUUCAUCCUUGAUGAAAUCGGACACCAAACCUGCUGCUCAUCUCUGCACCGUGCUCAGCUGCACGAUGGAACCACAAGCUAUGGAAAGGCUGUCGUGUUAAAUCACGACCUCUGUGAAGACGGUUGAGCUAUUCUAGGUUUACAGCUCCCCACACUGUAAAUAGCUUCUAUCGUAUACGUGGGGGAACAUAGUACAGUAUUGAAUUUUACUUUCUGUGAUUUGGAAUGGAUAAUAAAGGGAGCAUUUUGAUGCAAAGGUAUGAGUUGGGGAGGUUAUUAGGGCAAGGCACCUUUGCCAAGGUUUACUAUGCCAGGAACAUUGAAACAGGCCAGAGCGUUGCCAUUAAGGUGAUUGACAAAGAGAAGGUCUUGAAGGUUGGGAUGAUUGAUCAGAUCAAGCGUGAGAUAUCAGUUAUGAGAUUGGUCAGACACCCAAAUGUUGUUCAGCUCUAUGAGGUCAUGGCCACAAAAGCCAAGAUCUACUUUGUUAUGGAAUAUGUGAAAGGUGGCGAGCUCUUUAACAAGGUAGCGAAGGGCAAGCUCAAGGAGGAUGUCGCACGUAAGUACAUUCAGCAGUUGAUCAGUGCCGUCGAUUACUGCCACAGCAGGGGUGUUUAUCACAGAGAUCUAAAGCCUGAAAACCUGCUACUAGAUGAGAAUGAGAAUCUAAAGGUUUCAGAUUUUGGCUUGAGUGCCCUCGCAGAAUGUAAGCGGCAGGAUGGGUUGCUCCACACUACUUGCGGAACCCCAGCUUAUGUUGCUCCUGAAGUUAUUAACAGAAAAGGGUACGAUGGCGCGAAAGCUGACAUUUGGUCUUGUGGGGUGAUCUUAUUUGUUCUUCUGGCUGGCUAUCUUCCUUUCCAGGACUCAAAUCUGAUGGAGCUGUACAGGAAGAUCGGGAAAGCGGAGUUUAAAUUCCCCAACUGGUUUUCAUCUGAUGUGCGUAGGCUGCUAUUGAGGAUCUUGGAUCCAAAUCCCAGCACAAGGAUUUCAAUUUCCAAGAUCAUGGAAAGUUCUUGGUUCAAGAGGGGGUACGACGGAAAAUCAAGGAAGAACAGGAAGAACGAGAUUGAAAUAGAGGAAUCGACUCCCUUGGACACCGAUGCAAUCUUCGGCCCUUGCGAUGGUGGCACCGCAGAGGGUAAGGCAGCUGAGGAUAAGGCAGAGAUGGCGAAUCUUGCAAACCUGAAUGCAUUCGAUAUCAUCUCCCUUUCCGCAGGCUUCGACCUCUCUGGCUUGUUUGAGGAAAAGGAGUGUAAGAGGGAAGCCCGGUUCACUUCCAAGCAGUCUGCCUCAACCAUAAUCUCGAAGCUGGAGGAUAUCGCAAAGCGGUUGAAGCUGAAAGUGAGGAAGAGAGACGAAGGGGUGCUGAAGAUGGAGAGCACCAAGGAAGGGAGGAAGGGGGUGCUCUCAAUCGACGCUGAGAUAUUCGAGGUGACACCAACAUUCCAUCUGGUGGAGAUGAAGAAGUCGAACGGCGAUACGUUGGAAUAUCAGAAGUUGUGGAAAAAAGAUAUGAGGCCCGCACUCAAGGACAUUGUUUGGGCUUGGCAAGGUGAGCAGCAACAACAGGAGUCGUCUUGAACAUGCCUGAGACCAACCUUUCUGCUCUGGGAUUCUUGGAGCAGGUUCUUACUUUUGGGCAAGAUAGUUCCCCAUUCAAGUAUGUACUUCCUACAAUGUUAAUCUUAGUUCUCUUUUAUUCUAAACCUGUUUUCAAGGAAUGUGUUUGUGUUGUUGAUUGUUGUUGACUCUCUUUUACUAUCUAUAUCAUGGCUUUUGUGUGCUUGAA